GGCCUUUUACUUGUUUUCUCUGCUCGCUGCCCAGGCUCUGCACAGCACUCAUCGGAGCCGGGAAACAAAAAGAUAUAAAGCCCCAAAUUUGGCGCUCGCUUGCUCUCGGCAGUUCGCAAUCAGCACGAUGGACUACCUCAAAACCAUCGUCCCCUCACAGCUCAUGACCGAGCGAGGCUCCAACAUAGUCGUCAUUAAUCCAGGUUCUGCAAAUGUUAGAAUAGGGUUUGCUCAGCAGAAUGUACCUUUUGAUGUUCCACAUUGCAUCGCUCGGCAUGUUACGGAAUCAAAUCAGGGCCCGAAGAGAACUGUUCAAGAUCAGACGCUUAACUGUGAAGCAACUCCUGCUCAACGGUUGGCACGUGAAAGGGCUUAUGACAUGAUUGCAUCUCUACUGAAGAUCCCGUUUGCUGAUGAAGCGGCUGCAACUAACUCUUUUCCUCCAAAGAUGGGACGUCUUGAUGGAUAUACCCCAUAUCAAAGCAGAACUGAUAUUGCUUUCAACUGGACAAAUGUGAUGGAGAAAAAGACAUCUUCAGCAAUAGAAAGCUCAGAAAAUAAAGGUGCCGAAGAGGGGCUUUUGGACCAACCAAAAGUUGAAGGUUGCAGUUCUGAUGAAUACAAGUAUAAGGAGUUUAUAUGCGGAGAGGAAGCCCUGAAAAUUUCCUCUCUUGAGCCAUACUGCUUACGUCGUCCUAUUCGUAGAGGUCAUUUUAAUGUGUCUCAGCACUAUCCUCAACAGCAGGUGAUUGAAGAUCUUUAUGCUAUCUGGGACUGGAUAUUAAUUGAUAAACUGCAUAUUCUUCCGGAUGACAGAAACUUCUAUUCAGCAAUUCUUGUAGUGCCUGAGACAUUCGAUAGCCGUGAAAUCAAAGAGAUGCUGUCAAUUGUGCUGCGAGAUUUAAGGUUUAGCUCUGCAGUGGUACAUCAGGAAGGUCUUGCUGCAGCAUUUGGGAAUGGGUUGUCCACAGCCUGUGUUGUGAAUAUUGGUGCUCAGGUGACAUCAGUGAUUUGUGUCGAGGAUGGAGUGGCUUUGCCUUCUACAAGCAUUACAUUGCCCUAUGGCGGAGAGGAUAUCUCGAGAUGCCUGUUAUGGGUGCAACACCAUCAUCAAAGAUGGCCAGCUAUUCAUACCAAACCUAUACAGAGGCCUAUUGACUUGUUAAUGCUGAAUAAACUAAAAGAGUCGUACUGCAAUAUUAGAGAAGGGGAAUAUGAUGCUGUGGCGAUAGUUCAUUCAUAUGAGGAAGGCAGGCCUGUUGGAUCUCAUAAGACAAGGCUAUCAGCGCUUAAUGUUCCUCCUAUGGGCUUAUUCUAUCCGACACUUUUUGUCCCAGAGGAAUACCCACCACCUCCUCGUUCAUGGUUCCAUGACUACGAAGAUAUGCUUGAGGAUACGUGGCAUAUGGAGUUUCCUAGACGACCCGAUAUGUCAGAUGGCAUGUAUUACGGUAGUACUGGUGGAUUAAACAUAUGGGAUAACUACCCAGUAUUUCCUAGACUCAAGAGAGAUGAUAAUCUUGGCCUUGCAGAUGCAAUUACUAGUAGUAUUCUUUCGACUGGCCGCAUAGACCUUCAGAGGAAGCUGUUUUGUAGCAUACAGUUGAUUGGUGGAGUGGGUUUGACGAGUGGGCUUGUUGGUGCAGUGGAAGAGAGGGUUUUGCAUGCCAUUCCUUCAAAUGAAGCAAUUGAUACUGUGGAGGUCUUGCAAUCCAGAAGUGAUCCAUCAUUUGUGUCUUGGAAGGGUGGUGCAAUACUUGGUAUCCUUGAUUUUGGGCGGGAGGCUUGGAUUCACCGAGAGGAUUGGAUCCGUAAUGGAAUUCACAUAGGAAGCGGAAGAAAGUACAAGGAUUCAUAUUUUGUUCAGGCGCAAGCUAUGUGCUAUAUUAAUUCUUAACAGCUGAUAUGGAGGCCUCCUUCCAAAUUCUUAACAGGUUAUUUGCGUCUUAAGCAAAGAGGCUGGUCCUUCUUAUGCAUUCUGAAAUUAGUGUUUACUGCUAAUUGAAAAUUAGCUGAAUCUGUAUCCUUAUCUAUUAAUCUGCUCAUGUUGUUUUCUCCUUACAAGUAAUAUAUAUUUAUUUCAUAGAAUUUCAGAAAUGGCUUUUUCUUUGAAAGGGAAAAAGAGGAAUUGAAACUAA